AUGGGUCAGGGCUGGGCACAACACGCUCCCCAGGAGCUGGCAAGCCGUGAAAGCCGUCGGGGUCACCUGCAGUCCCCAGGGGUUGUGCUGCUGGCGGUGUCCUUCCAGGUGGCCUGGUGCAACCACGCGUGGAUGCCACCUCGGGAGUGGGAGCGGGUGGGAGCAGCCUGUUCCACCUUGGAUCUCCAGCUCCUCGCCGGACCCCCAGGUUGCCCAGCCUCCUGCACGGCCCCGGCUCUGCUCUCCCCUCCAGAUGCCGAGAAGACCCCCGGCUACUGGAACAAAGGGGCCAGGAGGAGACUGGACCUGGCCCUGGCAUUGCAGCCUGCAGCACGGCGGGCCAAAAACAUCAUCCUCUUCAUGGGUGACGGCAUGGGGCUGCCCACCAUGUCGGCGGCUCGGAUCUACAAGGGGCAGCUGGCCGGUGGCUCGGGCGAGGAGAGUGUCUUGGCCAUGGAGAACUUUCCCCACGUGGCCCUGGCCAAGACCUACACCAUCGACCGGCAGGUGCCAGACAGCGCUGGCACGGGCACAGCCUACCUCUGCGGGGUGAAGACCAACGCCAAGACACUGGGGCUGAGCGGGGCAGCCGUCUAUGGCAAAUGCCGCACCACCUUUGGCAAUGAGGUGGACUCCAUCCUGCACCGGGCCAGGCUGGCAGGCAAGUCGGUGGGCAUCGUGACGACCACGCGGGUGCAGCACGCGUCCCCCGGGGCAGCCUAUGCCCACUCAGCCAGCCGGAGCUGGUACGCCGACGCCAACAUGCCCAAGGAGGCGUUGCGGGAUGGCUGCAAGGACAUUGCCUACCAGCUGGUGCACAACACGGACAUCAACGUGAUCCUGGGCGGCGGGCGGAUGUACAUGACCCCCAAGCGUACCCCGGACCCCGAGUACCCAGAGGACCCAGCUCAGAAUGGCACCAGGAAGGAUGGCCUUGACUUGAUUGCUGAGUGGCUGAGUGCCAAGCAGGGCGCCCGCUACGUCUGGGACAAGAAGGGCCUGGACGCAGUCGAGGAUGACUCCGUCAGCCAUCUGAUGGGCCUCUUCGAGCCACAGGACAUGAAGUAUGAGCUGAACCGCAACACCUCCACGGACCCCUCCAUCGUGGAGAUGACGGAAAAGGCCAUUCGUAUCCUGCGCAGGAACCCCAACGGCUUCUUCCUCUUCGUGGAAGGUGGCAGGAUUGACCACGGCCACCACAGCGGCCGGGCCAAGCAGGCACUGAUGGAGGCUGUCAUGCUGGACCGGGCAGUGGCGCGGGCAGGCGAGCUCACCUCCCGCUCCGACACCUUGACCGUGGUGACGGCUGAUCACUCCCACGUCUUCACCUUUGGGGGCAACACGCUGCGUGGCACCUCCAUCUUUGGGCUGGCCCCCAAAAAAGCCAAGGACAAGCGAGCCUACACCAGCAUCCUCUAUGGCAACGGUCCUGGUUACAGCAUCCGCGCCGGCGGCCGCCAGGCCGCCAGCCUCCCCGCUGCAGAGGACAAAGACUACAGGCAGCAGGCAGCGGUGCCCCUGGAGACCGAGACCCACAGCGGGGAGGAUGUGAUGGUGCUGGCCCAGGGCCCCAUGGCCCACCUCUUCCACGGGGUGCAGGAGCAGCAUUAUAUCGCCCAUGCCAUGGCCUACGCCGCCUGCCUCGAGCCCUACGCCACUGAGCCUGGGUGCGGGUCAGCCCGCAGGGCCUCCCAUGGCACCCAGUACUCUCCACAGCCCCUGCUCACCCUCCUGGCUCUCUGCGUGGCUGCUCAUGUGGUGGGGGGCUGAAAGCCCCACUUCAACCCAGGCUUCCCAGCCCUCCCCGAGCCACCCCACUGAACAUCUUGACAGCCGGGUCCCUGCUGUGGCCAAGAUCAAAGGAUGCAAUAAAAUAUGGGUUGUUUUUCUCCAUCUGCCAUGUGAGAUUUUGCAGCAGCAGUUGCCUCCUAAGGUUCUGCCCUGUGCUUCAGUUUCCCCAGGUGGUCAUGGCUCCUAGUUCCCUGCCGGAACCAGCACUUGGGGGCAUUGGGGUGAUGGAAGAGACGAAAUGAGGGUGAGGGGAGGCCAUGUGCCCCCUCAGCUUUGCCAGGCUGGGGCACAGCACGCAAGGGUUGGUACUUCCCACCAAGGGCCGAGCAAGGAGCAGUUUUAGUCCAUAUCUGUAGGUAUAUUGCUCAAGAAAGUGCUGGGCAGAGAGCAGGGCUGCUCAGUGCACAAGUGACCCCAGGUGCUUCUGAUACC